AUGAGUUAUGUAAGUGAUUUGAGUCAAUCACCAGAAUAUUUGAGCUUCCGAAGUAGUGUACCCCUCAAGAUAAUUGUCGUAGACAUCGAUAAUUCAAAGGGAUGGAAAGUUUAUGAUUGUGGUCCCAAGACUGUUAGAUGUCCUUUAAUAUGCUUGCCUCCAGUAUCUGGUACUGCUGACAUAUUUUUCAAACAGGCCUUAGCACUUUCUGCUAAGGGCAUACGUGUCUUAUCAGCAGAAGCACCUGUAUAUUGGAAUGUACGAGAAUGGUGUGAGGGUUUCAAAAAGUUACUUGACCACAUGGAUUUAGAUAGAGUUCACAUUUUUGGGUCAUCCUUGGGCGGCUAUCUUGCUCAGAAGUUUGCUGAACACACUGUAAAUAAUCCUAGGGUUGCCUCCUUAGUCUUAUGCAAUACAUUUACUGAUACUUCUGUUUUCAACAAUCAUGAUUCUGCAGCAAUAUUUUGGAUCUUGCCAGCACUUGUUCUUAAAAGGAUGAUUAUGGGGAAUUUUGGUUCUGAAAAAGUGGAUCCAGAAAUGGUUGAAGCUAUUGAUUUCAUGGUGGAAAGACUUGAGAGCCUUCCACAGACUGAAUUAGCUAGUAGGCUAACCCUCAACUGCCUUAGAGGUUAUGUUGAAGCUCAUAAACUUUCCGAUCUUCCGGUUACCAUAAUAGAUGUUUUUGAUGACUGUGCACUUUCUGGUGCUGUUCGAGAAGAGCUGUGCAAGUGUUACCCAAGUGCCAAAUUAGCUCACCUGAAAUCAGGAGGCAAUUUUCCUUAUCUCAGUAGAUGUGGAGAAGUUAACUUACAUUUACAGAUACAUCUUCGUCAAUUUGAUGGUACAUCACAUUCAGCAUCAGAUAGGCCUUUGAUACAGAGAUCCUGA